UUUAUAAACAGUUAUUCGCUCAUUUCGGCGCUUAGGAUCCGUUUGGGCCCACAUUUCAGGGAAAGGAUCUCCGCUUAACACAAUUGUAGUGCACAUGCACUCCCUUGUGGCAAUGUCGCUAGCCCUGGUCGCGAUCCUCAUAUAAAGCGGUUUCUUCUACACCGACCCCAUGUACUGCGUGGAUCGGGCCUCGAAGGUGCCCUUGCCUCGUGAGCACCUCGAUGUGUGCCUCAAGUUCAGCAAGGCCGCCGGAUACGGCAACGAGCAAGGCUCGGUAGACUACCUGCACUCGUGGACGCCGAUCACCCUGUGGGCGCUGGUGGCCGUUUUCCUGCUCCCCCGCCUGGCCAUGGUCUGUACCCACACGCGCAAGGCUAAGGCGAUCUUCCUGGACGAGUUCGGCAACGCAAGGCCUCACUUUGACGUGUACCAGAAGCUAAAGAUUAACCUAGGAACCUUUGAUAAGCUGUACCUAAAGGCCAUCUGCAUCGACGCGUGGGCUAUCAUCGCGCAGUUGUUCGUUGUGCUUUCGAUUAAUCUCAUCCUGUUGCCCGGGAAGGUCAUUCCCAUCAUUAUGGACUUCCCCUGGCACCGCGACGUGGAUGGCUACACUGACCCCAUCUCCAUCGCCUUCCCGUCCUUCCUCUCGUGCAAGAUUACGCCCGACGCCCACCUGCAGGGUCUGCGCGGGAGCUACUACGGUUGUUUCCACAGCAUGGCCACCGUCUACCUGGGCCUGUUCUUCAUGAUAGCGAUCUUGACGGCGUCCCUCUUCGUCCUCACCUUCCUCCACCUGCUAUACUUGGUGCUAUAUCUCCCGUCCCCCUGCGGGCGCCGCCAUCUCGUCAACAGAGGCAGACUCCACGACGAAGUCAAUGACCUGCCCCUCCGGCUGGGCGACCUCCUCAUGCUGGAAUACGGUAAGCAUUACGUGAACGGCCACGAGUACAGUGAUAUCUUCAAAUUCUAUUCCAGCUCGCAGCUGAUCAACAGCAUUAACGAGUCGUCCUCAUCCGAAGAGGAUGAGCUCAACGACGUUGUUGUAAUAACGAAGCCGGUCGAGACCUACUCCGAAUCAUCGUAUGGCUUCGCCGGCAUCUUCACGAACAACCAGGUCAUUGUCGAUCCCGGAGUGGGGACUCGGGGCAACCUGACUCCCACCGAGGCAGUAUGUGAAAACGAAUUCAAAGAGAACCAGACUCUGACCACGCAUGGAAGCGAGAUCGAAGUUCAGGUUCCCACCGAGGCAGUAUGUGAAAACGAAUUCAAAGAGAACCAGACUCUGACCACGCAUGGAAGCGAGAUCGAAGUUCAGGUUCCCACCGAGGCAGUAUGUGAAAACGAAUUCAAAGAGAACCAGACUCUGACCACGCAUGGAAGCGAGAUCGAAGUUCAGGUUCCCACCGAAGAAAAGAAAGCGACCGACUCCACGACUGUCUGAAGCUCAGAAGAUCAGGAGGACGAUCACGUCCAGAUUCAGAACUGAUCAAUCUGUCAACUGAACCUAACUGAGACUCUGACCACGCAUGGAAGCGAGAUCGAAGUUCAGGUUCCCACCGAAGAAAAGAAAGCGACCGACUCCACGACUGUCUGAAGCUCAGAAGAUCAGGAGGACGAUCACGUCCAGAUUCAGAACUGAUCAGUCUGUCAACUGAACCUAACCCAUCUACUCUAAUGAUAAAGAUUAACUGAUACAUAUACAUACAUAUAUGUAUGUACACACACACACA